AUGCAGUCUACAGAAACCAUUCAAGCGGUGCAAGGCUAUUAUGGAGGAUUAGCUGAGCGCGGCUCCACGGACAAGUCUGAGGAUUACCAGAUGAGCGUUGCGAAGGCGUUUGGCUAUGACCCGGAGGAUUUGAAAUCCCUUCCCAAGAAUGCCAAUCUGGGAGUCAGCUGUGGUAAUCCUUUGGCGUUGGCAAGCCUAAGAGAAGGCGAGACUGUGAUCGAUCUAGGCAGUGGCGGCGGCAUCGAUGUCAUUCUCGCUGCUCGCAAAGUCGGUCCGAAGGGAAAGGCUAUCGGGGUGGACAUGACCAAAAAAAUGCUGGCCCUCGCCCAUCAAAAUGUCGAAAAAGCUGGCAUCUCCAACGCUUCCUUUGUCGAGGGGUUCAUCACUGCUAUCCCACUCGAGGAUUCGACAGCCGACUGCAUCAUCAGCAAUUGUGUCGUCAAUCUCGUGCCAAAAGAACAGAAGAGCCUCGUCUUCCAUGAGAUGUUCCGGCUUUUGAAACCUAGAGGUCGAGUUGCAAUCAGUGACAUCCUUGCUCGACAGGAGCUUCCGCCCGAGGUCGUGAACAAUUUGGCGCUAUAUGUUGGCUGCAUCGCUGGUGCCAGUCAGGUACAGGAGUAUCAUUCGUAUCUGAAGGACGCCGGAUUUAGCGACAUAAUGAUUGUGGACACUAAGGCAAACCUCAAUGUCUACAAAGAUAUGCCGCAGGGGAAGAAGCCUGGUUGUUGUGGCAUGUCCUGCUCCGAUGUUCCAAACAGCAAGAUUCAGGACUAUGACUGUAAUGAAUGGGCGGGCUCUUUCCAGAUAUACGCCGUCAAGCCUCGUUGA